AUGCAAGAUCCUAAUGGCAUUGACAUUAAUACGAGAAUUUUCAACUCAGUUGCUGAGGUAUUUCAGAAGGCACAGGGCUCUUAUGCAGGACACAGGAAGCAUAUAGCUGUUUUGAAAAAAAUUCAGUCAAAGGCUGUUGAGCAAGGCUAUGAAGAUGCCUUUAACUUUUGGUUUGAUAAAUUAGUUACUAAGGUCUUGCCUCUAAAAAAGAAUGAGAUUAUUGGAGACAGGAUAGUAAAGUUAGUAGCUGCGUUUAUAGCUUCUUUGGAUAGGGAGUUGAUAUUAGCCAAAAAACAAAACUACGAGCUCACAAAUGAUGAAGAGGGAGUGUUUUCAAGAUUUGUUGAUCAGUUUAUAAGACACGUUUUGCGUGGUGCGGAAAGCCCUGACAAGAAUGUCAGAUUUAGAGUUUUACAGCUAUUAGCUGUUAUAAUGGAUAACAUCGGUGAAAUCGAUGAAUCACUUUUCAAUUUAUUGAUAUUGUCUUUGAAUAAAAGGAUUUAUGAUAGGGAGCCAACAGUUAGAAUACAGGCUGUGUUUUGUUUAACGAAAUUUCAGGAUGAAGAGCAAACUGAACAUUUAACCGAGCUUUCUGAUAAUGAAGAAAAUUAUGAAGCUACGAGAACUUUAGUUGCUUCUAUCCAGAACGAUCCGUCAGCUGAGGUACGUAGGGCUGCAAUGCUAAAUCUGAUCAAUGACAAUAAUACCAGGCCUUAUAUUUUGGAGAGAGCUAGGGAUGUAAACAUCGUUAAUAGAAGGCUCGUGUAUUCAAGAAUCUUAAAAUCGAUGGGAAAAAAUUGUUUCGAUGAUAUUCAGCCACACAUUUUUGAUCAAUUGAUUGAGUGGGGGUUAGAAGAUAGGGAAUCCUCAGUAAGAAAUGCAUGUAAGAGGCUCAUUGCUCAUGACUGGUUAAAUGCCCUGGAUGGUGAUUUGAUAGAAUUACUAGAAAAACUGGAUGUUUCGAGAUCCUCGGUAUGUUUCAAGGCAAUAGAAGCUCUCUUUCAAUCAAGGCCAGAUAUUUUAUCUAAAAUCAAAUUCCCUGAAAGUAUUUGGAAAGACUUCACCGUAGAAAUUGCCUUUCUCUUUCGGGCCUUUUAUUUGUAUUGUUUGGAUAAUAAUAUAACAGAAAUGUUGGAAGAAAACUUUCCAGAGGCCUCAAAACUAUCUGAGCAUUUGAACCACUAUAUUCUUCUCAGAUAUCAUCACGAUGAUAUUCCCAAUGACUUUGAGGGGCAGUUUGAUAAUAACAUUUUAGAGUUUAUCAUUGAGCAACUAUUGAUUGCUGCCGAAAGAUAUGAUUUUAGCGAUGAGGUUGGAAGGAGAUCAAUGCUCACAGUGGUAAGAAAUAUGUUGGCCUUAACUACACUGUCUGAACCUCUAAUCAAGAUUGGUAUUCGUGUAAUGAAAAGCCUGUCCAUAAAUGAAAAAGAUUUUGUAACAAUGGCGAUAGAAAUUAUUAAUGAUAUUAGAGAUGAUGAUAUUGAAAAACAAGAACAAGAGGAAAAAAUAAAGAGCAAAGGAAGCGGCCGCAGAAAAAAAAUUUCUGUGGAUGGAGAGGAUGAAAACGGUACACAUCAUGAUGCAGCAGACGAUGAUGAAGAAGACGACAAUAUUGCAUCCUUCCAUUCCGCCGUAGAAAACUUAGUACAGGGAAACGACAACGUUUCGGAAAGUGACAUAAUAAAUAAUCUCCCACCUGAAAAGGAAGCGUCCUCAGCAACAAUUGUUCUUUGUCUCACAAGAUCAUCAUACAUGCUAGAACUGGUUAACACUCCUUUAACAGAAAAUAUUUUAAUUGCAUCGUUGAUGGACACUUUGAUUACACCGGCAGUUAGAAACACCGCACCAAACAUUAGGGAACUUGGUGUUAAGAACCUUGGUUUAUGUUGUCUCUUGGAUGUUAAGUUGGCUAUUGAUAACAUGUAUAUCUUAGGUAUGUGUGUUUCCAAAGGUAAUGCAUCGUUAAAGUAUAUCGCGCUGCAAGUCAUUGUGGAUAUCUUCUCUGUGCAUGGGAAUACUGUGGUAGAUGGAGAAGGUAAAGUUGACUCAAUUUCAUUGCACAAGAUAUUUUACAAGGUUUUAAAGAACAAUGGAUUACCAGAGUGCCAGGUGAUAGCAGCGGAAGGGCUAUGUAAAUUGUUUUUGGCAGACGUGUUCACUGAUGAUGAUUUGUUCGAAACGUUGGUUUUGUCGUAUUUUUCACCAGUAAACUCCUCAAACGAGGCUCUGGUACAGGCAUUUGCCUUCUGUAUCCCAGUCUAUUGUUUUUCACAUCCUAACCAUCAACAACGUAUGUCUAGAACAGCUGCAGACAUACUUUUGAGACUAUGUGUUCUUUGGGAUGACUUGCAGAGUUCUAUAGUACCUGAGGUUGACCGUGAUGCUAUGCUAAAACCCAACAUAAUAUUUCAACAGUUGUUAUUCUGGACUGAUCCACGUAACUUAGUUAAUCAGACAGGUUCUACGAAAAAGGAUACGGUGCAGCUUACAUUCUUGAUCGAUGUACUCAAAAUUUUUACUCAGAUUGAGAAGAAAGAAAUAAAGAAAAUGAUCAUAACAAAUACAAACGCUAUAUUUCUUUCUCCUGAACAUGACUAUUCUACUUUGAAACAACUUCUUGAGUAUUCUGACGAUAUUGCAGAAAAUGAUACCCUAGACAAUGUUAGCAAAAAUGCUCUGGACAAGUUAAGGAACAAUUUAAAUUUGUUGAUUGAAGAGAUCAAUGAAAGGUCAGAAAAUCAAACAAAAGAUGAGCACAACAUGACGAAUGACCAAUACUCGUCAAUCUUGGGGAAUUCCUUCAAUAAACCUUCAAAUGAUACCAUGGAACACGAUGUUAAUACAACUAAUGGAGACGACACAGGUCUGACUAAACCAACUGCCAAGGUUUCUACAGCUAAUACAAACCAAAUUAACCCGAGGAAAAGAACGAGGUCAGAAACAGAGCAAAUCGACACAUCUAGAGACCUGGAGAACACGUUUAUCCUGGACACUUCAGCUGUAACAAAAAAUGUAAGUUUCGUCUUACCUGAAGAGAAAGGAGAUGCAAUGUCUGUGGAUGAAGAAGGUAAUAACUCAGAGUCCUUCACGGAUGUCUGUUGA